AUGCAAACGGGAAACAUCACGUUGGUGAACAGCUUCCUACUCACAGGGCUAACAGACCUUCCUCAGCUGCAAAUUGCCCUCUUUGUGAUCUUCUGUGCUGUCUAUGCCACCACCCUGGUGGGGAAUUUGGGCAUGAUUCUCUUAAUCAGGUCCAGCCCACAACUGCAAACCCCAAUGUACUUUUUACUCGGCAACCUGUCUUUCUUGGACAUCUGUUACUCCUCAUCCGUCACGCCAAAGUUUCUAACCAAUCUCUUAAAGGAGAAGAAAGAAAUUUCUUUUGCUGAUUGUUUUACUCAGCUUUUCUUUUAUGGUGUAUUUGCCACCACUGAGUGCUACCUGCUGGCAAUGAUGGCCUAUGACCGCUACGUGGCUAUUUGCAACCCCCUGCUCUACUUAAUCACCAUGUCCCAAAGAAAGUGCAUUGAGCUAGUUGCUCUUUCCUAUGUGGCUGGUACAGUAAAUGCUUUUGUGCACACUGUUGCUGCAUCAAGACUAUCCUUUUGUGGUCCAAACAUCAUUCAGAAUUUUUACUGUGAGGCCCCUCCCAUACUGGAGCUGGCCUGCUCAGACAUCACUCUCAAUGAAAUCUUGCUCUUUAUCUUUGUUGGGUUCAAUAUAACAAUAACCAUUACGAUUGUUCUCACCUCUUACACCUACAUCCUGGUCACUAUUUUAAAGAUAAAGUCCACUAAGAGCCAACGGAAAGCCUUUUCCACCUGCACAUCUCACCUCAUGGUCAUCACCAUCUUUUUUGGCAGUGCUAGCUUCAUGUAUGCACGUCCCAGUUCUAGGCAGAAUCACCACAUUGACAAAAUGGCCUCUGUCUUCUAUGUAGUGGUGACUCCCAUGCUGAACCCCUUGAUCUACAGCUUGAGGAACCAGGAAGUCAGGAGUGCCUUCCGAAAAAUCCUGGGAAGAAAAUCUGCUUCUCAGUCUAGGAUGAUACCUUCCAUACAAGUUAGACCUUCUCCAGAUUGCAGGAGACAGCACUACACAUAA